GAGACCAUGGCUCUCAAGCGCAUUCACAAGGAGCUGCUGGAGAUGGAGCUCGACCCGCCGGCACAGUGCUCUGCGGGGCCCAUGAGCGAUGACUUGUUCCUCUGGCAAGCCACCAUCAUGGGGCCUGAAGACAGCCCCUACCACGGAGGAGUCUUCUUCCUCUCCAUCCAGUUUCCCUGUAAUUACCCCUUCCGGCCUCCCAAGGUGGCCUUCAAGACCAAGAUCUACCAUCCCAAUGUCAACAGGAAGGGGACCAUCUGCCUUGACAUCCUGCGGUCUGCGUGGUCCCCGGCGCUGACCAUCUCCAAGGUGCUGCUCUCCAUCUGCUCUUUGCUGUGCGACCCCAACCCUGAUGAUCCUCUGGUUCCCGAGAUCGCAGCCAUCUACCGCAUGGACAAGAGAAGGUAUGAGAGCACGGCCCGGAAGUGGACCGAGAAAUACGCCAUGUGA